AUGUCGGAAUCAUCAGUCUCAACUCUCCGAGACACUCUCCUCCGGUUAUCGAAUUCAAUCGCAAACUCUCUCGCCGCAACUCCAUACACUUCUCACAAAACCUCCAACAUCUUCGUCAAAGCCUUUCUCGAACCCCUUCUCACUUCCAUAAAUUCCACCAUCAACGCUUCCAUCAAAGACUUCGCUCUAGCAUGUGCUUUGUUAUCCUCUUCCACACACGCCAAUUCAGAGUUUCUCUCAUGGAUCCCCGAUCACCUUUCCUCCCUUGCAACUGCUUCCUUUUUAGAGCUCUCCCAAGCGUACCUCACAGUCUUCGAUGAUAGGAACUCUCAGAAGGAGAGUGCAAUUGAUAAGUCUGAGGAGAGUGAUGAGUUCUCUGCCGCGUCUGCUAGAGUUCCCGUUGGGUUUGGGAUUCUUGCUGCUCAUCAGCUUAGAUGGUUUGUUACUCAGAUUGAUUAUCCUCAUUUGGGAAAAUUGUGUGGAUGGGCGAUUCCUUGUGCGUUGACUGCUGUUGAUCAUUGGUCGCCGGAGGUGAAGGUAUGUGCUUUAGGUCUUGUUUGGAUAAAAAAAAUUAUCAAAGCAUAUCAGUACAGUACAAUUACAAGUGUAACAUUACUAGAUUGUUGGAAAGUGCCUUGGGUGAUUCUACUGACAUGGAUCUUCCUUGGCACAAGAUAUUCACUAUGGCAGUUAUUUGGUGGAACAUUGUGUGUGCUUGGUCUCUCUUUAGUCUUACUUUCUGACACUUGGAAUGGUGGUGAUGGAGGUGGAUCAAAAAUUAUCUUGGGUGAUGAACUUGUUAUUGUAGGGACAGUUUUCUAUGCAAUAAGCAAUGUUGGCGAGGAAUUUUGUGUUAAGAAAAAAGAUCGUGUUGAAGUAGUUGCAAUGCUCGGUGUUUAUGGAUUCCUAGUUACCGCGGUUGAAGUAUGUAUUUUAGAAUUGAAGACUCUGGAAUCAAUCAAAUGGUCUGCAAAUAUUGUACUUGCCUUUGCUAGCUAUGGUGUGUCAAGCUUCAUCUUUUACUCAUUUGCUCCCUUUGUUCUUAAGCUUAGUUUCCUUCUCAUGAACUUGUUUGUGACAUAG